AUGGCAGAACAGCUCACCCUACAAGCCCGGUCUACCUACCGGGCUCUCCUCCGCGAGCUACCACGCCGGAGUCUCUCCACCCCCUCCCCCCUCCACCAACGCCUCCGCCAAGUCUUCCGCUCACAAGGACAAACCGCCUCCACCACCGCGCCAGACGCCUCGCAGCCCGCCUCCUCCGCAAUGCCAUUCUCCAUCCCCACAACCACCGAAGACCUUUCACUGCGCAUCCAGGAGGCCGAACAACUGGCCAAAUACGCGCGCGCACAACGCUCCUACUGCGCUCUGCUGGAGCGCUACAACCCGGGCAUGAACCUUAACGAUGAGGAGCGGAUUCGGCUUACGGCGCGACGGGUGGGGAUGGAUCUGCCGGAGCUUUAUGAGGAUGAAGGGCAGAAGUCUCCGAAAUAA